AUGUUCCUGUUGCUUGGCUGUAUACUGUUCAGUGCCUUUAUCCAAAUUUCGUGUGGCGCCGACAAUGUGCCGCAUUUCAUGAACGACUCGGCGUUGGUGCGGGUGAAGCGGCAGACGUUUUACUAUCUUUGCGGCUCACCGCCAACCCAGUACUACUCCGUUAAGCCCUGCACCCCGACCGCUCCAAAAUGCCAGAAUGGCGGUCGACUGAUCGGGGUCGGGUGUCGCUCGUCAGUUGACUGUACACCGUAUCACACCGGAAUCUCCCAGUGUAUACAGAGUUGUUGCUGCACCGUGCCGGAACCACCGUUGCCUCCGCCGCUCCCACCAGUACCCGGGCACAGAUUCGGCGUCUGCUACCACGGUCAACUCUCGGAAGUGCGAUGCAACGAGCCAGGGCAAUGCGCUCCGGGUCAGACGUGUAUCAACGGAUUGUGCUGCACCUCUACCGGAAAUGAAUAUAAACACGCUUGCGGGGGCGAAGCUGCCCUGGGCUCGUGCACGGCUGGCACUUGCCCAGCCGGGGAGUCGUGCACGUCUUCUAAUUACUGCUGUGAAUGCCCGGUCGGAAUUUCCCCCGGCAAAUGCGGGCCGAAUGGAUCGUGCCCCGGCGGCUACACGUGCCACCUCGAGACGGGAUUCUGCUGUGCCCACUGCCCGGGCCAUAAGAAAUUGCAUAAA